UUUCUAAAGUAAUUGGUAGUUUUGUUUUAUUUUAUUUAAACUAAGCGUUAGAUUGUUCGAUUCACUUAUGUGAAUGUAUAAACGUAUGUAUAAAUCAAUCUCGCGCGUUUUUAGUGAUCGACAUCGAAAUAGCAACAUGUUGUCAAAAUGCCCAAUCAUCGCGCAGCUCGAGAGUGUGACCAGCCAAUAAACGCAGAGGGGGCGGGGUUUUGUCGGAAUACGGUUUGCAGGGUUAUCAGACGUCUCAAUAGCAGACGAUAUCCCAGUGCAGGGUGACAUCACCUUACCGAUGAGCUCCCCGAGCGCUAACGAUGAAAUCUCCACGCUGGAUGAACCUGUGAAGGACACGAUCUUGAGGGAUUUGAAGGCAGUAGGUCAGAAGUUUGUGCAUGUGAUGUAUCCGAAGAAAAGCUCAGCUUUACUGCGAGACUGGGAUUUGUGGGGACCUUUGCUGCUGUGUGUUGCUCUGGCGUUGAUGCUGCAGGGUGGAUCUGCAGACAGUAAGGAUGAUGGAGGUCCUCAGUUUGCUGAAGUCUUUGUCAUCGUCUGGUUUGGUUCAAUCAUCAUCACCGUCAACUCCAAACUGCUCGGAGGAACCAUAUCGUUCUUCCAGAGCCUGUGUGUGUUAGGUUACUGUAUCCUCCCCUUGACGGCAGCCAUGUUGGUUUGUCGUGUCGUCCUGCUCAGCUCCAGCGGAUUGGUCAGCUUUAUUGUUCGGCUUGUGGUCGUCACCGCCUCCUUUGGCUGGUCAACGUUCGCCUCCACAGCGUUCCUCGCUGACAGUCAGCCACCCAAUCGGAAAGCUCUGGUCGUUUACCCGGUCUUCCUCUUCUACUUCGUGAUUGGCUGGAUGAUCCUGACCUUCUCUCCUUCAUCAUAACAUUCGCUCGCUCUCCACCAAUCAGCCGAGGGACGAAACCCGAAGCCCCUCCCUCUCUGCCCUUACUGUCACAUUGACCAGGAGGAUGGACCUGAUAUUUUGAGGGUGGGGUUUUCCCAAAAAAAAAAAAAAAAAAAAAGGGGGAAAUGGAAUCCUUUUUUCUUUCGUUCUCACGUAUGGACAGAUGGAGGGCUGGAGAAGAAAGGAGAGAGAGAGAGAGAGAACAGAAAACUAUUUUGUAUUCAGUUCACAGAAUUCCACACAUCUUUACACUUUCAUAUACAUCAGCAGAAUUACGUGUGAGUGUGUGUGAAUGUGUGAGUGUGUGUGUGAGUGUGUGUGUGAGUGUGUGUGUGUGUGUGAGAGUGUGUGUGUGAGUGUGUGUGUGAGUGUGUGUGAGUGUGUGUGUGAGUGUGUGUGAGUGUGUGAAUGUGAGUGUGUGAGUGUGUGAGUGUGUAUGUGAGUGUGAGUGCGUGCGAGUGUGUGAGUGCGUGCGAGAGUGUGUGUGUGCGAGAGAGUGUGUGUGCGAGAGAGUGUGUGUGCGAGAGUGUGUGCGAGAGUGUGUGCGAGAGUGUGUGCGAGAGUGUGUGCGAGAGUGUGUGCGAGAGUGUGUGCGAGAGUGUGUGCGAGAGUGUGUGUGUGUGUGGGCGUGUGUGUGCACUGUGUUAACGUGUCUGUCCUGAUUCAGUAAUAUUCACUCCUAAUAAUAAAACAUAAUUAUUUUAUUUAAUUAAAUCCUUUAGUUCUAAAAACAAUUCGAAUCAGAUUGGCUCAUGAAUAUUAAUGAGUGGGGCGGGGCCUGAUUGUGUAUCUGUAUAUGUGUGUGUGUGUGUAUGACUUUCUGUUUGCUUGGAGAGGUUGUGGGAUUAAUUACAACCGAGAUUGUGUAUUUAUUAUUGUGUUAUAAACAUGUUAAUAACA